AUGUUGGACGGCGGGUUGAACAAGCUGCACAAGCGGAUGCGGGGGCGGUUUGGUGAUACCUUGAAUCCGGACGAUGCCUUCUUGAGCUGUGAGUUACCCGCACUUGAUUAUCUGAGCGUCAUUGUCUCGAAUGAUAUACUGACCAGCCGCGUUUUGGAGUUAGACUACGACGUGCGAUUGACACGAGAGGACAUGCAAACCCUUAAGAACGACUGGCUCACAGACAACAUCAUCUCGUUUUGGGAGGAAUAUCUUGAACACGAGUUCCUCACCAAAUUCAAGUCGUCCAACAUCGUUCUCCUCCGUCCCAGCAUGUCCUUCAUGAUCCUCCAAACCCCCGAUCCUCGCACUCUCCGCGAAGCACUCCCCGAUUUCAGCCGAGCUACGCACGUCUUUCUCCCCAUCAACGACUGCCGCAACGUCUCACAAGCCGAAGGCGGCACGCAUUGGUCAUUACUUUUGAUCUCGAUUGUGGACCGAAUCGCGUUCCACUACGACUCGCUGUACCAAGGAAACGUCUGGGAGGCUGACACUGUCACCCGCAAGUUCGGGGUCAUGCUGAACCAGCCGAUCCGGUUUAUGCAUCUGAACGAUUCCCCCCAGCAAGACGGAGGCAGUGACUGCGGCGUUUUCGUGUGCUUGAACAUGCGCCAUCUGCUCAUGAGGCGGUUACUCAUGGCCAGCGCGCACGAGAAGGUUAGCAUGAGCCUUGGAGGGCGGAAGGUCGAUGCCCACGCUGGCCGUAAAGAGAUGGCCAAGAUUAUCGAGGGCUUCCGGAAAGAAGGCGAGCGACGACGAUCCACAAGCCUCAGCCCGAUGGGGAAGAAGUCCCGCAGUCCACCGCGCGUGGAUUGA